CAGCGUCAAAGUUAAAAAAGCUAAAAAGACAAACAAAACAAACGCAAACGGUCGAGCGUGUAUGGUUCUGAUAUUAUUAUAAAUAUUUACUGUUCAAAUAAAUUGAAACUGUAUUUUAAAUAAUACCCAUUGAUUGAAUUAUAUAAUGGCCAGUGACUUUACAAAGGAGAAACAUUGCAGUAGUUGUGAUGAGUGAGACAGACGAUACGGAUAUUCUCUUAUUAAUACCACCAAACUUCUUUUUAGUACAGAGUUCUGAAUCGGAAAAUUCUUUAUUGGAAUCUUCUAGGACCGUUGUACAUAAGCCCAAAUCCUGCACUGCACAAGUUCUUGGGAAAUUAGUGGAUCAAGUUCACACAUUGGAAUCUAGGUUAGAAAGUUUAGAGUUCAACAGUGAUACAUCUAGUUUUGGCACUGUAAGGAGACCGAAGACGUGGGAUACCACCGAUAGUAUCGACAGCCAAAGCCUAGAUCGCAAGUGUUUUACUUUUCCUCGCAGGCGCAAAAGGAAAACAACAAAAAAGUCGAAAAGGUUUGAUUUAUCUCUCAGUGGUUUAGAUUCGGAAAGCAUUGGCAGAAAAUCCAUCCCACCUUUAAAACUAGAUGUUGAAUUUGAUCAAUUGAACUGCAAACCCAUUGAAAUUAUAAAUGAAAUACAAAGUAUGGAUGGUGAUAUAAGCAGUAUAGUUUCAACACCAACUAAAAAGAAUGACAAGUUAUUAUUACAUGAAAUAGAUGAAUUCCUUACAAAAGUUGAAAGCUAUGAAACUCCUGAUACUAAGUAUAAGGACCAUGAGCCAUCACUUAGUCCUGAAAAUGUGAUAAAGGCUACUGGAGACUAUAUAUCACAAAAACUGGACUCCAAGAGCAAUGAAGAAGAAGUAAAGCUACCAAGUGGCAGGAUGGUACCAAGCAGCAUACUUGAUAAGUAUAUCUAUUUAGUCAAAAGUAAUUCAGGAACAGCCAGAUCUGAGAAACCCACCACUUCAGAGAACUAUAAGAGUAACAAUGAAGAGACUGGCACAACUCAGCCAAACAGCACAUUAAAGGAGUCAACAGAGUCAUGUAGUAGGGAAGCUAGGACACCAUCUAUGCGAAAACUAAAUUUCUCAGAUAAAGAUGUACAACCAACAUCCACACCAAAAAGACCCCAAUCAAGUUACUUGGACACAUUCAGGCCCUCAUCCAAUAAAAUAUAUGAUAGGGCAUCAAAAGUCUUAGAGCAGUACAAAUCUCAAAGCCAGAGUAGGAAUCAAGGUUCAGCUAAUAAAAGCUACCUGUCACCUAAAAAAGAAGAGUUCAAAAUGCCACAAAUGAGACCUUAUUGCUAUAAUAAUAAGGAUGCAAAGCUGAGCUCCUUACAAAACAAGUUUAUGGAGUCAAUAGAUACAGAUUUGUUGAGCUUGAGUGAACUGUGGGGGGAUAGGGGAGAUAGACCAGAGAGAAUAGACAGUGUAAAGCUUGAAGAGGAGAGACUAAAAAGAGAGCAUUGUGAAUCAAUGAUACAGCAACUUCAGAAGAAGAUCUUAGAACAACAAGAGAAAUUAGCAGUGGCUGUAAAAGUAGACCGGGCUAAAGAUGCAGCUAUUGGGAAGCUGAGAGAAGCAUGGUUGAAACUUACUGGGAACUUGGAUAAGGCUGAGGAGAGGCAUAGAGCAGCGCUGGAGAAGAUGGUUAGGGAGGUAGAGAACUUUAGGAUGAUUGCUGAUGAAGCUCAGAAGAAAACUAAUCAUUUUGAAGCUGAGCUGUACAAAGCUUUGGACUUGGCUCAUGAUUAUCAAGAAAAAUGUAAACAACUCACAACAGAGAAGAAAGAUAUUGAUGAAAAAAUACAAAUGACCAUACAAGAAAGAGAUGAAAUGGUCGCGAAGAAAGAGAAAGAAGUAGAGGCAUUGAAGGAAAACUGUCAAACUAUUAUGAGACUUAAUAAACAAUCUAGUGAUUGUAUAAAAAAUUUGGAGGAAGCAUUAGAAAAGGAAAAGUCGGAUCAUCAUGAGACAAAAUGUAAAAUAAAAGAGUUAGCCAACAAGAUUCAGUCUCUGGAAGACACGAAUGCACUUGUGUUGCAAGAACGAGACUUGUUGAAGGAGAAAGUGAAUGAGGAACGAUCGCGGAACAAUAUCCUAGAGAAACAGAUGGGAGACCAACAGAACCACACUGCUGAAGUGAUGAAGAGAUGCGACAACUUAGAAACUGAAGUGAAGACUCUACGCAAGCAUUUGGAGCUUCAGAAGACAGAGCUAAAGUGUCACUAUCAGAAGCAGUUGGAGGACGCCGUGCUGUCCAAGCUGCAGGAGUUCCAGCAACAGCUCGACGUGGCUGAACGAGACAUGGAGGCAGACGCUAGGGCUAAGGAAAACGCACUCAUUGAUACUUACAAUAAGCAGAUUUCAAGGAUUGAGGAACAACACAAAUUGGAAAUUAAUGUAAUGGAAGAGAAGCAGAGAGAAGAAAUCAAAUUAUAUAGGUUGCAACUAGCGCAGGCUGGUGAGAAAAUAGGAUUACUUGAGAGUAAGCUGGAGUCGUUCCGUCGCCGGCGCGGCGCGCUGGCCGGCCAGCUGCACGCCGUCAUGCAGGCGCAGUGCCGCGCCGCCAUACGGUUGCUCACCCACGGGGACGCGCGGGUUUCUACUCCAGUGUCGGAAUACACUAAAAUACCGCCACUAACCCUCCCGGAGCGGGGGCUCGUACGGUCGGAAGCCCGGUCCGACAAUCGGACGGACAACCACUCCGACGAACGGAUGGACGGCCGGUCGGACGAGCGAAACGACAAACUGAACUUCGAUGGCCUCACAGACGCCGAGCUGCAACAGUAUGUCAAACUGCUCUUAACAAAAGCACCGAACUUGGACGGCAGUGGCGACAUGUUGGAGUUACAUCGCGAGCUCAGUGAGGAACCGACUAGCGACCGACCCGACAGAUCCGACACGGCUGAACGACCCGAGCAACCAGAGCGGCGAGACAAACGUCGCCUCAGCAAGCCUCCUUGGAAAGCCUAAAUAUAACCUUUACGAUAUUAAACGUAAGCAUUACAUACUGUUUCUUGUAAAAAAAUAAAUUCCGUCACAUAAUAAUGCGCUAAAUAGUUGCCAUGGAAAACUUAAAUACAUCGACUGCCAGUAAACGA